AUGGAUGUUGAGGAGAACGAGAGGCCAGAGUCGGAGGAUGAGGACGAUGACGAUGAUGAUGAGGAAGAUGAGGAGGAAGAAGAAGAUGAUCCAGGGAGCUGCGAGAUUGAUGGUGAGGAGAGGCCAAAUGGGAUGAGCAACGGGAACUGUGAAAAGCUGGAAGGUGUUUUGGAGAGCGAAGCUGAUGAGGAAGAGACAGAGACGGAGACGGGAAGGCAGUCAAAUGGGGUGAGUGAGCAUGCUAAUGGAUUGCGAGAUGAACAUCUGAAUAUGGACGAUGAAGAAAACCUGGACAGUGAAGAGGAAGAGAAAUACGAAGAGGAUGGUUUUCUUAUUGAUGCUACGCUGGAUAUUAAUGAGGAAGAUGAGGGUGAGGGCGCAGAAGAGGUGGAUGAAGGCGAGGAAGAUGAUGGCGAGGGCGCAGAAGAGGUGGAUAAUGAUGAGGGAAACCUUAUGGUGCAACCGAGGAAUUGGGUGCAAAGGGUCAGAAAUGGAGAGAUUGAUGGCCCUGAGGAAGUGGCUGAGGCGGGAAGAGAACCAAAUUGGAUGAGUGAUGUUGUUGCCAAUGGGUUUCAAAAUGUGGACGAUGAAGAAAACGAUGACAGUGAGGAUGAGGAAGUAGAAUAUGAGGAUGGGCGCAGAAGAGGUGGAUAA